AUGCCACAAACUCAGGAGGAAUGGUUCCAAGUGGCUACAGAAUUCGAAGAACAAUGGAACUUUCCACAUGCAAUUGGAGCCAUCGACGGGAAGCAUGUGCUUAUGCAAUGUCCUGCGGCUAGCGGUAGUGAUUACUACAAUUAUAAAUCCUUCUUUAGCAUCGUCUUAUUCGCAAUGGUGGAUGCGAACUACAAGUUCAUGUUUGCGGAUGUUGGAUGUCAAGGUAGGAUCUCUGACGGGGGCGUCUUUAAGAAUACUAAACUUUAUGAAGAUCUGUGCAACGGGGAAUUAAAUUUACCACCUCCAAAAACACUAUCAAAUGAUAAAACGCAAUUACCAUUUGUAAUUUUGGGAGAUGAAGCUUUUGCUUUAAGUGAGAAUUUGAUGAAACCUUAUUCAGGGUUCUACGAAAAGGGUUCUAAAGAAAGGAUAUUCAAUUAUCGUUUAAGCCGGGCUCGAAGAGUGGUAGAGAAUGCGUUUGGUAUUUGUUCGAGUGUUUUUAGAGUUUUACGGAAGCCACUACUUUUAACAGCCGAAAGAGCACAAUUAGUUGUAAUAGCUUGCAUUUAUUUGCAUAACUUCUUGCGGAACAGUAACACAUCUAAACAGCUAUAUUGUCCGGAGAACUGGUUAGACACAGAAGUCAACGGCCAGAUGAUAUUUGGAAAAUGGAGGAGUGACAGUGAAAUGACCUCUUUAGCUCCUUUGAGAAAAGUGCCAAGAAGGCCAUCACGUCAUGCCCAGGAAAUUAGAAACGAAUUUUCUAGAUUUUUUUCCACGACUGGAUCCGUUCCGUAG